AAUAAUGUCAGGCGUAGAAGCGGAAGGAGGAGGAGAGAUGACAAGCGUGUCUCUCGCAUUUCAAGCAAUAUCGUCCAUUAACGACGCUGGCCCUAGCAACUUCUCGGAAACGGCCAUAGCACUCCGCAGCCUCGCAGAAUCCAGCAAGAAAUCCGAGUCCACACGUCAACAGCUCUCGCAGCCCAUUCUCCUGAACACCCUCACUUCUCUGCUCUAUAUUCACUCUUCUGCAUCCUCAACGCUCCCCGACACCGACCAGGAAACAUCGGCAGUCAUCGCAGACUCCGCGCUGCGGUGUAUCGCCAACACCUGCACCAACAAUGACAAUCACACGGCGAGAGAUAUCCUCUGUUCCUCCACGACCGCUGCUUUCUUCCCCUGGGCCUCGGCAUAUCUAUCAUCAUCACAGAACGAUUUCUCCAUACGAUUGUUAACGACCAAAGUGUUGAACAACAUUUGUCACCAACAUGAAGUCAGCCAGAGAAUCUGCUAUGAGGAGAAAGUCCAUUGGGGCCUGAUUCGCUUUCUGAACGAAGUGUGUGGAAAAGGCCUGGAUGAUGGGGAACUCGAUGGCGCGAUCAACGUCUUGUUUGAAGUUAGUGGACAGAAAACAACGACAACGAAAGAGGCCGAAAUGUCGCCACCGCUCUCAUCACUGCCAGACGACGUUCUCUCGGCUCUCCUCAACCUCCACUCGAUCCGGAAUACAGCUGAAAAUGAUUACGUCAAGCCCUGGAGCCACGACAUCGAAACCUUUGCGACGCUUUCCGAGACAAUUUUGGUAUUUCUGCGGGAUGAAGAGAUUCAGAAACAAAUCAUCUCCAACAAACUUUUUCCACAAGUUUGGCAGCUAUUAGAGCGGCAGGAGAAGUUGAUUUCACAAAUCCCUCGAGAGGCAGAAGGAGGAGAGGAAGCAGAAGAGGAUCGCAAACUGAUGAUUCCCCUACAAGCCAGUCUGGUGUGGUGUCUCUCGGAUAUGGCCGCAAUCCCUGCGUUUGCGACGACAUAUUCCCACAACAGCGAAGUAAUCACACAAUUAACAGAUGUCAUCCAUGCAGCUGCCGAUACUGCUCGACGUAUUCGUGGGAAUAGUAGCGAGCACACAAGGACUGCAGAUAGGUGUUACCCCGAGAAAUUUCAAGGCCUCUCAGCUUCCUCUCAGCUGUUUAACGCAGCAGCUCAAAUUCUGGGAAACAUGCUCUGGACGACCCAACAACAACAGCAACAGCAAGCGUCUCCGAAUGGAAAUCCGGAUGUUUUUUCAUCUCCUCAUGCCAUCAUUUCUCACACAGAAAGUAUCCCCUACGACCUACUCGACAUUGUCGUCUCCCUGCCCGAAUCCCUUUCCACUCCCAACAACAGCAACCCAUCUACUUCGCCUCCUUCUCCAUCACCGGAUACAGCGGAUACCCUACACUCCAUCACCGGUCUCCUCAUUCAGCUCUCUCGUCCUUCGAUCGCCAUUCGCGAGGAGAUUGGCGCAUACGAGUAUACAGCACCAGCAAUCAGGAAAAUGUGCGGACAUGCGAGGGAAGAAGUGAGACAGGGUGGAGUGAAGCUAGUGAAGGCAUUGGGGAGAGAGUGUGUAGAGAAUCAGAGGCGUUUCGGAGAGAUGGUUGCAGAGGUUGCUCGGGGGAUGCAGCAGCAGCAGCAACAGCAGCAAGAAGGACGACCCAUCGUCGAGGAGAUGGAUGAUGGAGAGGGGUGCAGUGGAAAUGUGUGAUAUCGUGUUCCAG